UCUUUGGCACGUGGCCGAGGGAGCCCAGCAGUUAAGCCGACCAAUCAAGGAAGAGGAACAUAUUCCACUGUGCUCUCAGGUCGGGUCGGUAGACGGUAUCAGAGAGCAAUUCCCUCAGCCAUCCUUUUCAUCAGAAGGUAAUGAGGUUUUUGUGAAUCCACCUCCAAAGAUGAUGAAAGCUUCACCAGAGGCCACCUUUACACCCACGGCGGCAGGACUUCGCCCACGGGAGACUCAGGGGCCUGAAAUGGAUGACCAGAUGAAAAGGAUGAUUUCAGAGGCCAUAGCACAGGGCAUCGCUGCAGGCCUACAACAGAGGCAACAGGCUGCUCCUGCGGCACCUGAAACUCCCCUACAUCAAGACCAAUGCGUGGCAUCCCAGCAUCAAAGAGAUUUGUUCCAAGGGUCCCACUCAACCCCUUCCUCCAUGCAGAGCAAGCUAUCGCUCUCAGAUGAGGACCAAAAAGAGAUGGAGCUCUCUGAGUAUGAAGGGAUGGCUCCGCCUCCCCCAGCACGGCUCUUUCGCCCAGCGCUCUUUAAAUCUUUAUUACUUAAGGCCAAAGCCGCAGCGCACCUGGGAGCUGACUCAGCUACCACGGAAUCAGCAUUGAACCCGAGUGAGUUGCUCUUUUCAGAGCCAGUCGCAGAGAAAGAGGAAAUCCCAUCACCUAAACUAUUUCAGGACGUGGUCCAAAGGCAAUGGGCCCAACCAGGGGUACUCCCUCCCCCAAGCGGGACGGACAAAAGAUUUUAUAAUAUGGCGCCGGAUUUCUUGGAGAUACUGCAAUCACCAACUAUAGAUGAUCCGGUGGCAGCCUUAACCUCCAUCCUGUCUAGCGAGGAUGGUCUGAAGCCAGAGGAUAAGAAGGCGGAAGUGGCCCUCCGCAAUAUGCAUCAGGCGGCUGCCUGGGCGAUCAGAGCAGCUACAGCCGCCUCAUUCUUCAACAGGGCCUCAUUGCUCUGGCUCCGCCAGAUGCAAGCGAGGGUUCCCCCUAGUGACCUCCGCUUCCACCAGGACAUUAACAAACUGGUAGCGGCUAUGGAAUUUUCAGCGGAUGCCACCUUGGAUGCCGCCAGAUUUGCUUCUAAGGCCAUUGCCUCUUCGGUGGUGGCCCGUCGCCUACUGUGGCUUCGCUACUGGCAGGCAGACACGAAGUUUAAGUGGAAACUAGCUACUGCUCCCUACAAGGGUAGCAAGGUGUUUGGAGAGGUCCUGGAGCCCAUUCUAACGGAGACCAAGGACGGGAGAAAGGUCUUGCCUUCUCUAUACAAACAAGCUGACCGCCGCCCCUCACCUUAUUUCAGUAGGCCUUCCUUUCAGCCCAAAGCCACGGGGUUUAAUACCCCUCAAUCCCAGAGGGCGUACGCUCACAGACAAGACCAACAACCGGACAGAUCUGGGUUUAGGGACAGAAAUAGACAAUACUUCCAAGGCAAGCAACCAUUUCGUGGCACAGGCAAUCGUGCCUUUCGCCACUCCAACUGAUGGCAGAUCCAGCCCUCCCAUUGGCAGACCCGAGUUUCCUCACCUUCAAGGUGGCCUUCCUCGUAGAUCCUGGCAGCCCUCUCCAUAAGAGAGGACCUUUGUAUAUUUCACCAAAAUAACGGUGGUCCUACGACUAGACCCCGAUAGGUGGCUCAGUGGCCAAUAAUUAUUAAUCCAUCAAAUUUAAUUGGAAACUUGUGUCGUCCUGAUUUUCCAUGCCUGACAGAAAGUAGCCAUUAGUAUUUGUCAUCUGUGCUUUAUAACAGGGCUCUCCAACCUUGGCGACUUUAAGCCUGGCGGACUUUAACUCCCAGAAUUCUGGGAGUUGAAGUCCGCCAGGCUUAAAGUCGCCAAGGUUGGAGAGCCCUGCUUUAUAGUAUAGAUUGGUUUUGUAUUGUAUUUUUUUGUUUUGUUUUUGUUUACACGCAUUUUUAAUAAUUUGUAAAUCACCCAAAUUGGAGUUGGGAGGCAUAAAAGUGAUGAUAUUAAUGAUAGCAGUUAUAGAAUAUCUGUGAACUGACAACAUUUUUUGUCAUAUUAUAAAAAAUUACACUGCUUGGAGAGAAUGUGGUGGCUCAGUGGCCAAGAGGCUCAGCUUGCUGAUUGAAACCAGUAGCAGCUAACCUAAACCAUGUACUGUUAUUAUUUUUUAUAAAGCAAUAAAAUAAUAUUGAGCAGAAUUAAGUUCAGCUUAUUGGUUCAACCCUCCUCAACAGUCUCAGUUUCUCGUGUGGCUGCUUGGGAAAAUUAAUUGCCCUCUCCUAGGCUAGAUGUGGCUCAAUGGCUAAGAUGCUGAGCUUGUCGAUUGAAAGGUCGGCAGUUCAGUGGUUCAAAUCCCUAGUGCUGCGUAACAGGGUGAGCUCCCAUGACCUCCCAGCUUUUGCCAACCCAGCAGUUUGAAAGCAUGUAAAAAAUGCAAGUAGAAAAAUAGGGACCACCUUUGGUGGGAAGGUAACAGUGUUCCAUGCACCUUUGGCAUUUAGUCAAGCCGGCCACACGACCACGAAGACGUAUUUGGACAGCGCUGGCUCUUCGGCUUUGAAAUGGAGAUGAGCACCGCCCCCUAGAGUCGGGAACGACUAGCACGUAUGUGUGAGGGGAACCUUUACCUGGAGAUGCCCGAUAUCCCAACAGCAUUCGCAUUUCCAUGGCAUGGAGAUAGAUUUAGGUCCCUGUUGUUGCUGCCCAGCAUACAGUGCCAUACAAUGCAACAGGGCAGAUGGUUGUCUUGUAAAUCUUAUGUUUAAGACAGGUUGGCAUUCGUCUGUCAACAUAGGACUCUGGUGAGUUCUUGCCAGGCUGCAUUCACCCUUUAAGGCAGCAGCUGCAUCUCCAAUGAAUUUACAAGUUCCCAAGAUGAUAGAGGCAGUUUGAUCUAGCGGUUAACUGGGAGACUGGAGAGUUCUAGUUCUGACUUUCAACCCUAACAAGCAGGGAAUGAAUGGCAAAGCACUUCCGGGAAACCUUGCCAAGAAAAUUGCAAGGAUUUGUCCAGGCUGUGCCUGAGAAUUGGAUCCCAAUUGAACAAAAAUGAGAGGUCCCAAGUGCUUUUUAAAGGGCUUGCAAAUUAAAAACAAACACUUUGAUUUUCCCCCUUGAAGUACCAGAUUAUGAGCCCAGUUUUAACUGACUCUGAAGUAUUUUUCCCAUUUUGUCCAGAGAAAAUUAAAGAUUGUUGUUAGUUGCGAAGUCCUGUCCGACCCAUCGCAACCCCAUGGACAACGUUCCUUCAGGCCUUCCUGUCCUCUACUAUCCUCUGGAGUCCAUUUAAGCUCACACUGACUGCUUCAGUGACUCCAUCCAGCCACCUCGUUCUCUGUCAUCCCCUUCUCCUUUUGCCCUCAAUCUUCCCCAGCAUUCGGCUCUUCUCCAAUGAGUCCUUCCUUCUCAUUAGGUGGCCAAAGUAUUUGAGUUUCCUCUUCAGGAUCUGGCCUUCUAAAGAGCAGUCAGGGUUGAUCUCUAGGACUGAUCGGUUUGAUCGCCUAGCAAUCCAAGGGACUCACAGGAGUCUUCUCCAGCACCAGAGUUCAAAGGCCUCAGUUCUUUGGCGCUCAGCCUUUCUUACGGUCCAACUUUCACAGCCAUACAUUCCAACUGGGAAAACCAUAGCCUUGACUGUGCACUUUUGUUGGCAGGGUGACAUUUCUGCUUUUUUUUUACGCUAUCUUCCCAAAGUGAACUCUCCACAGGGCACAGGAAAUAGUCUUGCCAGAUUUCUGCCCAAACUCAAACCACAACCUGAAGAAAAAGUGGCACUCCUUGGAUGUUAGGAGGGCUAUACAUAAAUAUCUAAAGAGGACAGCCUCUAUUAGAAAGAUGUAAAGAGUCCAACCUAGCACAUUGGGUAGCAAGAUCACACCGUCAACCAUAGGCCGGUGGAUAUGGGCAUGCAUCCCCAAGACUUAUGAGAUCCAGGUGCUCCUGUUGCCCAGGGGAGUGACAGUCCAUUCGACUAGAAGUGCAGCCAUGACGGCUGCAUGGAAUAUUGGGCCUCUCUCGAGGACAUUUGCAGGGCGGCAAUGUUGUUUUUUCCCAUCCCCAUUCAUACGACACUAGAAGUUGGAUGUUGUCUGCUGACACUAGAAGUUGGAUGUUGUCUGCCAGCGGCCUGUGGAGCAGAGUUGGACAGUGAGGAGGAGUGGGGAGGAACAUGGGCCAGUCCUGGAAUCUGGGGAAGGCUCAGAUGAGGGCUCUGUUGGAGGCAGAGAGGGGGGCAGGGCCAUGCAACGGGCUCCAGAGGUGGACAGCAGAGAGGCAGAGGAACAGGAGUCUGACAUCAGCGGGGCAGAGGUACAGGGGGAGCCUGUUCCCAGUGUGCAUUUGCAGAGCAGGCAAGAACAGUUAAAACAAAAGAGACAGCUCUGGAAUAAGGCUUGGAGAUGAUUGGCUCUUCCCAUAAGACAUAAAGGAGCAAAGGCACGUGUGCUCUUUGCAGGAAACAACUUGGUGCUGGCUGGCUGGCUUCAAGACUGCAGCUAUGUGUUGACUUUGUUCCGUGUGGCUUUGCAAAGUUAAUUGCCAAUUAGGUCUUGGCAGCGUGUCAAGGGAGAUAAAGGUGGGCGCGCCAUUAUCCCUAAGAACUGUGGCAAAUUUCUAUCUGAAUCUUUACAAUUAUUUGGGACUCCUGAAUGAACAGAUUGGGAAUGAACAGGCUCUGAAUGACCAGAAUGACCAGAAUUCACAGCCAUGAAAAUAAUAAAGAGUUUUUGGGACUCACUGUGCUGUUAUUGUAUCAGGAAGCGUAGGUCAGAACAGGGUGUCUUCACCUCAGCUGAAGUGGCCUUUGGCAGACGACUACUUCAAAAUAGUGCAUACAGAAUUGGGGACUCGGGACCAGACUGCUACCCAUCCUUAGGACAGCCAGCUUUGGAAUGUCCCUUUUCUUGGAUUCUCAACUCUUACCCGACAUGCUCCUUCUCGGUGUGCUGAGAGAGAAUCCCACCCCAUCCGCCGUGGUGACCAUCUGGUCCGAAGUCCAGGAGUGAUCCGAAUCUGCACCGAGAAAAACUUCCAAGUCAAUCACUACGCCUUCAUCAAAACUGGGCAUGCUCAGGCAGAGGAGGCGGGACCAAAGACCUGAUUGACUCAAGCUCCAGCAGAGGAAGCAGAGUUCAUAAGGUUAUUUGAAAGGAGGAAAAACUCUGAAAGCAGCAACUGUUCUCAGUAUUGCUGUGGAAGAUAAACUACUUGGACAGGCUUACUUGGAGGAAUAAAAAUGUUAGACCAAGCAGCAUCAGAUAGAAAUCUGGCAUUAAUGAACCAGCCAGAACGCAGGACAACUCAAAACCACGCAAGAUCGGAAGAUGUGGAGGGUCCUGGCGCACAGAACGGCCAAGAGUUUGACCUGACUGAAUGGAUAACAUCAUCAACUCUUCUGCAAUGUAGACUGCGGCAGCAAUUAACGAGGUUAUUUGAAAGGAGGAAAAACUCUGAAAGCACCAACUGUUCUCAGUAUUGCUGUGGAAGAUAAACUACUUGGACAGAUUUGGAGGAAUAAAAAUGUUAGACCAAGCAGCAUCAGAUAGAAAUCUGGCAUUAAUGAAUCAGCCAGAGCCCAGGACAACAUCGCAGAAUGUGGAGAGUCCUGGCGCACAGAACGGCCAAGAGUUUGACCUGACUGAAUGGAUAACAUCAUCAACUCUUCUGCAAUGUAGACCGCGGCAGCAAUUAACGAGCAGGCUGUUGGAAGCUCAACCAGGAAGAUGACGGUGGCAGCUCAGUCUUGAAAUGGUGGGAGGAAUAUUUUGAAGCCCCUGUCUCUCAGGUUAUUUGAAAGGAGGAAAAACUGAAAGCAGCAACUAUUCUCAGUGCUGCUGUGGAAGAUAAACUACUUGGACAGGCUUGGAGGAAUAAAAAUGUUAGAGCAAGCAGCAUCAGAUAGAAAUCUGGCAUUAAUGAACCAGCCAGAGCACAGGACAACUCAAAACCACGCAAGAUCAGAAUAUGUGGAGGGUCCUGGCCCAGAGAAUGGCCAAGAGUUUAACAUGUCUGAAUGGAUAACAUUAUCAAUGCUUGUGCAACAUAGGCUGCAGCAGCAUUUAGAAUGUUGGUUAUAGAACAAAACUGUACCUGCAAUUGGCAUUUGAACUGAUAACAGUACAAACUUGGAGUUAUUUGGGUUUUUUUUAGUUUGCCAUGAGAACCUGUUCACUUUAUUUUGUAAAUGAACAUGUAUUAUUGAACAUCAGUGAACCUACUAAUUUGAAUUCAGCUGAGCUAUACUUUAACAAACCCUGCUUAGACAAAUUUUGGGGAUUCUGCUCGAGGCCACUGCUGUAGUUGGGGGUGUGGGUUUAAAGAUAUUGAGAGGAACUGUUAAAUGAAGAACAGAGCAAUUACCAUAUUGAAUUCUACUGUUUUCUAUUUCAAUUAUAUAGAAUGUAAAGGAUGUUUGUUUUUAUUUUUAUAGUUCUAAUGUACACUGAAGAUGCAUUUAAUUUCGUUGUACCAUAUGCAAUUACAAUAAAGUAAACUAAACUUUAAAUAGGAACAUAAUCCUGAAUUCUUCUGCCUUUGUCAGUCCUUUAUAUAUGGUAUAUUAUUGGAACUUGAUAAUUAAGUAUUUGUGUUUUCCCCUCUUUAACAUUGGUUUAUGGCUUUGCAAAUCUUUAUGUAUUUAUACACAUGUAUGUAUUAAAGACCAGUACCAAUCA